UUGCAUAACUUUUCUUGUGUGUUUUGGGCCAAUAAACAUCUUUAAGUAUCGAUAUAAAAACAAUAUUACUAUCGGUAUAUCGAUAAGAGCAGAUAAAGGAAAAACAAACUUCUGUGUUAAAGUCGAGGCACAUUAAACGUGCCUUGGUUAAAGUACACAGUUUAUUAAUAAGUUCGUCUUGUUUCGCAAAUUUAUUUAAUAUUAAAAAAUAAUAAUGUUGGUUGGAAAAUGUUUUCCUUUUCAAAUUAUACAACGCAGUAUAACAUUACUUACAGCAAACCAUAUACGAGUGCAUAACCAUAAUAAUGAGGAAGGUAAGAAUGUUGACGAAUUGCUGCGACCGGAUAUUCUGUUAUCAGAGGAAAACAAAUUACGUUCAAUACAAUGUAUGGAAAAAUCGACACCAGUUGGAUUAAGGUCGUCUAAGACAACUCGCGAAAAAACAUUCGCUGCCGUCCUCAUUUGCCUCUGCACAAAUGAAAGGAAAGAGAUCUCAAUACUUUAUACCCGCCGUUCCGGUCGACUCUCUAGGCAUGUUCGACAAAUAUCUUUUCCUGGUGGCAUAAAGGAUCCUGAAGAUGCGGAUUUCAUAGAUUGUGCGUUGCGCGAAACUGAAGAGGAGAUCGGUUUACCACGCAGACGCAUAAAUGUCUGGGGAACAGGCAACCUUAUAUCACCGCCAAAUACUGCCGCUAUAAUGCCCGUUGUGGGCACUGUAGAAAACUUUACUUUAAAAGAAUUAAAACUCAAUGAAGACGAAGUAGAGGAGGCAUUGGUAAUACCUAUUAAAGAAUUGGUACAUCCAAAAACUAUAAAACACACUCAAUUUAAAUCAGGUUGGAGUACCCCAAAUUUCGUAGUCGGCCAGAAUAAAGUUUGGGGCAUUACAGGCUUCAUAACAAAUACUUUUCUUCAAUGCCUUAUUCCGACAGAUCUAAAGAGACUUAAACAUCAUGUCAAAUACAUUCGUCCCUUUAAGAUAAAACAUUGACGAAAAAUCUAAAAAAAAAAAAAUUGUAAAUACGACUUUAUGUAUUGUAAGAAACCUGUUAUUCUAAGAGAUUAAUUUAAUGUUGUCAGGUUUUGUAAGAAAAUAAACCAAAUCAAUAAUCGGAUAAA